UAUAUGUACUUAUCCAGUGCGAAUCCUAGGAUGGAAUGGAGCGAGGAGAUAGUCUGAGAGCAGGAGAAGCCCGGGUUCCAUUGCUGCCCGGGACACUUUGUGGCCGUGGGCGGUCCCAUCACUGGGCUCAGGAGGCCCUGAGAUUUUCCUGCUGCUGCUGCUCUAGAAACGUGCCCCUCUCCUUUGGCUAACAAACCUCUCCGAACCUCAGUCUCUUCUUCUGGACCAGGAGACUGUAAGCCGGCCUUGCCUCCCUUCUGCAUAGCCUGGGAGUACCAUGAUGUAGAGUCUGGGGGUCUGGGUGCGGCUGAGGUCUCCUGUGCCCUCCCUUCCCCUGUGCUCUUUCUGGAGGUGACAUCACCUGUUGCUAGGGCCCCAUGCAGAGGAGAAGCUGGGCAGCUGCCCUUAAAGGCCCCAGGCUAGGCCCCUCAGGGUCCCCACAGGUCUACCCGAGGAAGCCCGGAGGCCCAAGGACUGCAGCAGGGAAAGGGGCCUCCUUCCUGCCCCUGGGAGACCCCACUGAGGACUGCUCAGCCCUGGGGGCCCAGAUGCUUGAGGAGGGAGCUCUGCCCAUGGAGGAGGAGGAGGAGGGGGGAGCAGCCACCUCUGCGCUCCUGGCAUCUGCUCCCCAGGAGCCUGUGACCUUCAGUGACGUGGCCGUGGACUUCACACAAGAGGAGUGGGGGCAGCUGGGCCCAGCUCAGAGGGAACUGUACCGGGACGUGAUGCUGGAGACCUACCGGAACCUGGUCUCCCUGGGCUGGGAGACUAGGAACAAGACCCAGGAGAAAACGUCAAAGGAGAACAUUCCUGAAGAAGAAUCACCCAAAGUUGAAAGACCUGGAACAGGUGAUCACUGCUCCAUUUUGAGGAUCGCUGAGGAAUGUGGGAGCCAGUUAGUGAGGCGUCAGAGAAAGGAAGAGAGACACUUGAGGCAAAUGACUAAACAUAACAUUCACACUGGAAUGAAACAUCAAUGUAAUGAAUGUGAGAAGGCCUUUAAUAACCGCUCAGCCCUUAUUGUGCAUCAGAGAAUCCAUACUGGAGAGAAGCCUUAUCAAUGUAAUGAAUGUGAGAAGGCCUUUAAUAACCGCUCAGCUCUUACUGUGCAUCAGAGGAUUCACACUGGAGAGAAACCUUAUCAGUGUAAUGUAUGUGGGAAAACCUUCAGUAACAGCUCCUACUUGACUGUGCACCAGAGGAUUCACACUGGAGAGAAGCCUUAUCAAUGUACUGAAUGUGGGAAGGCCUUCAGCAACAGCUCCUACCUCAUUGUCCAUCAUAGGAUUCACACUGGAGAGAAACCUCACAAAUGUAAUGAAUGUGGGAAAACCUUUAAUCACCAUUCAGAACUUAUUGUACAUCAGAGGACUUACACUGCAGAGAAGCCUUACAAAUGUACUGAAUGUGGGAAAGCCUUCAGCAGCAGCUCCUACCUUAUUGUACAUCAGAGGAUUCACACUGGAGAGAAACCUUAUACAUGUGAUAUGUGUGGAAAAGCCUUCUGCAAAUCCUCUGUCCUUGUUCAGCAUCAGAGGAUUCACACGGGAGAGAAGCCUUUCAAAUGUAAUGAAUGUGGGAAAGCCUUCAGACAAUGGUCAAGCCUUAUCAAACAUCAAAAGAUUCAUAGUGGAGAGAAGCUCUUUAAGUGUCAAGAAUGUGGCAAAGCCUUUAGUCAUCGAUCAGAACUCGUUGAACAUCAGAGGAUUCAUACUGGAGAGAAACCUUAUAAAUGUAGUGAGUGUGGGAAAGCCUUUAGGCAUCAUUCAAACUUUAGUAAACAUCAGAAGAUUCAUACAGGAGAGAAACCUUAUAAAUGUGAGCAAUGUGGGAAAACCUUUACACAGUCAUCACAUACAAAACUCCUUAUGCAUCAGAGAAUUCAUACUGGUGAGAAACCUUAUAAAUGUGAUGAAUGUGGAAAAGCCUUCAGUCACAGUUCUAACUUCUAUGUACAUCAGAGAAUUCAUACUGGUGAGAAACCUUAUAAAUGUGAUGAAUGUGGGAAAACGUUCAUUCAGAGUACAAAACUCCUUAUUCAUCAGAGAAUUCAUACUGGUGAGAAACCUUAUAAAUGUGAUGAAUGUGGAAAAGCCUUUAGCCAGAGUUCAUGCCUCCUUAUACAUAAGAGAAUUCAUACAGGUGAGAAACCUUACAAAUGUGAUGAAUGUGGAAAGGCCUUCAGUAACAGUUCUAACCUCUAUGUGCAUCAGAGAAUUCAUACUGGUGAGAAACCUUAUACAUGUGAUGAAUGUGGGAAAACGUUCAUUCAGAGUACAAAACUCCUUUUACAUCAGAAAAUUCAUACUGGUGAGAAACCUUAUAAAUGUGAUGAAUGUGGAAAAGCCUUUAUCCAGAGUUCACACCUGCUUGUACAUCAGAGAAUUCAUACUGGUGAGAAACCUUAUAAAUGUGAUGAAUGUGGAAAAGCCUUUAGUCACAGUUCUAACCUCUAUGUACACCAGAGAAUUCACACUGUUGAGAAACCUUAUAAAUGUGAUGAAUGUGGGAAAACGUUCAUUCGUAGUACAAAACUCCUUAUGCAUCAGAGAAUUCAUACUGGUGAGAAACCUUACAAAUGUGAUGAAUGUGGGAAAGCUUUCAUACAGAAAUCACACCUCCUAAUACAUAAAAGAGGUCAUACUGAUGAGAAGUCUUAUACGUGAAAUGCUUAUGAGAGAGCCUUCAGUCAGUCUUCACACCUCAUCCAUAAGAGAAUUCAUACCAGUGAGAAGUCCUAUAAAUGUAACGACUGGCAAAGCUUUUACUUUCCAUUGAAUUCUUCUUCAACAUCAAAGAGUUCAUAAUCGUGAGAAACCUUAUAAAUGAAGUGACUAUAGGAAAGCCUUGAGGAACAGCUCAACAUUUAUGCUCCAUCAGAAGAUUCAUACUGGAGAGAAGUCUUGGAAAUUUAAUGAGUGUGGGAAAAGACUCUGUUAGCAUCUAUUAGAUGUUGAUCAACAUUAGAAUUGUGCUAGAUAAAAGUCUUUACUAUGCUGUUCAGGGGGGAAUGUUUUAGAACAAAAUACAAACGUUUUUCAGCAUCAGAAAAUUCAUACUGAUAAAAAGGAUUAGCUACACAUAGUUUGAUUUGAGUAUGGUUGGCACUGAAUGACUUUCUUGUAACCAAGAUGAAAAUUAACUCCAUUUUAAUAAGAAACUCUUUUUAGUGAGGCAAUUGGGGUUAAAUGACUUGCCCAAGGUCACACUAGUGACACUAGCUAGUUAGUGUCCAGUGUCAGAGCCCGGGUUUGAACUCGGGUCCUCCUGACUCCAGGGCUGGUGUUCUAUCCACUGUGCCUACUAGCUGCCCCAAGAAACUCAUUUUUCAUGUAAUAAAAUAAUUUAAACCAUUAACGUUUAUUGUUUUCACCAAUAUAUUUAAUUUUUCUUCUAUCAUUUAUUUCUAAUUUUAUAUAGGAUUGACAUUUAUCUUGAUCUUUAUAUGUUUCAACUUUUAAAGUAGGUAAUGCUUUCUAAUUGGAAUGUCAGUUUAUUCAAAUACUACCAUUGCAAUUUCUGUCUUCUAAUAGGAUGGAUUUUUUAGAAUAAUUGCUUGCUUUAAAAUUGUCUUGUGUAGAUUUAUCAUCCAUCAUUUUUAAAAAACAAA